AUAACAGGGUUUUAGAAGUCUAAUUCAGUAGCUAUCAAAAUCAAAAAUUUAAAAUUGCUGAAAAAGAAUGGGAAGAAAAAAUAAAAAAGCAGCAAAACCCCAGAAAGAAUCAUCCCACCCUGUCACUAAUCAUCAUUCAAAACAAGUGAUUUGCUUUGAAGGUGAAAAUCUUGUUCAGCUGCUUAAAUCAAUUCAGAGGGAGAUAGAGUCAGCAAGAAAUUUAGAUGGUGGUUUGCCUGAUAAGAUAUGGGUCAAGCAGCAGUUUUCGAUCGGGGUCAAUGAUGUAACCAGGGUUCUUGAGAGGAUGCCUCCUGUGUGCUCAACUGCUGGCAGCUCUAAUCCAGUGACUGGAAGUGGCAACAUUAAAGACACUCGACUGCAGGCAAUACUAUUGGCUUCAGAUUGCUACCCACAAAUGCUGACAAAGCAUUUGCCAAGCUUAGCCUCUUUAAAGAAUGUACCCCUGAUCUAUGUGAAGGAUAAGAGGCGAGGUUCUUUAAGAUUGGGUGAUUUGGUCCAGUUAAAAACUGCCAUUGCUUUAGGAAUUAAGGAUAGAGGAAAUGGCAUUAAUCAUCUUAUCGGAAAUAUUUUAAAUGAUCAAGAGUUAUGUGGUCUAGAUGCCCGAGACGACCUUAAAGCAUCCAAUAUCGAUAUGCUUGCUACAACCGAGAUAGUACCGCCCGUGACGCUAUAAAAGGCUCCAUUGAGGACCCAAUAAUUACACAAACAAGCUCCUGGAUGCAAAUCUAAGCUCAGUCAUGCACAUGCACAUGCAUAUCCCAUUUCCUGGUUAAAAAUCUGCCAUUUAGAAGAUUAAUUCCUCCAGAGGCUUCGACCAAGUUGUAUUCAGGUUAUUUGCUUAACAAAGGCAACCUUUUAGGUUUAAAUCUGUUGUUGAUUUUAUGUUUCUUUAAUUGUAAGUGUAAUGUGUUCUGCAUUAGUAUGUUGGAAAUGUAAUGUUAUUAUCUUCUGUAGUUUUACGCCCUGCUCUGAGUUGUAAACAGGGACGAAAAUAAGUGAAGAGGAAGUAAAGUCCUAUUUGUGCU